CCGCCUUAGCCACGCCUCCGGCGCGGCGGGGGCUCGGCGCGGCCGCGAUGGAGCUGGAGCAGCUGCGGAAAAGCUACCGGGGGGACAGCGAGGCGUUCGAGGAGUGCCACCUGGUGUCCCUGGAUCCCCUGGAGCAGUUCCGGGCCUGGCUGCAGGACGCGCUGCAGUGCCCGGACAUCGCCGAGGCCAACGCCAUGUGCCUGGCCACCUGCUCCAGGGACGGGCGGCCCUCGGCGCGCAUGGUGCUGCUGAAGGGGCUGGGGCCGGACGGGCUGCGCUUCUUCACCAACUACGAGAGCAGGAAGGGCCGGGAGCUGGACUCCAACCCCUUCGCCUCCCUCGUGUUCUACUGGGAGCCGCUCUGCCGGCAGGUGCGCAUCGAGGGCUCGGUGCGGCGCCUGCCCGAGGAGGAAUCCGAGCGCUAUUUCCAGUCCCGGCCCCGGGGCAGCCAGAUCGGGGCCCUGGUGAGCCGGCAGAGCUCGGUCAUCCCUGACAGAGAGUACCUGCGCAAGAAGAACGCGGAGCUGGAGGAGCUGUACCGGGACAAGGCGGUGCCCAGGCCGGACUACUGGGGCGCGUACGUGGUGGAGCCGGAGCUGGUGGAGUUCUGGCAGGGCCAAUCGAACCGGCUGCACGACCGGAUCGUGUUCCGGCGGCUGCGGGACCGCGCGGCGCCGCUCGGGGCCAUGACCCGCCGCGGCCACGGCGACUGGGUGUACGAGCGCCUGUCGCCGUGAGCCCGCCCGGGAUGGCCCGGGAAUGGCCCGGGAAUGGUCCCGGGAUGGUCCGGGAACGGCUCCGGGAACGGCCCCAAGUGUCGCAGCCGCCCCGCCCCGUCUCUCGCUGUGCGCUGGGGAUGGGCCCGGAGCUGCCCCCGCCCCGUCUGCAGUCGCUGCCGGUGGUUAAUUAAUCGCGUUAAUGAUUGUGCAGGGUCCAGCUGUGACCCCAGUGAUCCCCCCGUCCCUGUCCCCGUCGCUGUCCCUGGCCAUGUGCUGGGAAUGCCUUCAGAGCUUCCCUCACCCAGAGUGUCCCCAAUUCUGUCUCCACCCACUCCCCGUGGUUAAUUAAUCGUGUUAAUGAUCGUGCAGGCACCAGCUGUGACCCCCCUGUUACUGUCGCUGUGCCACCACUGCCACCUCUCUCUCGGUGUUUUGGCUGGAAUCGUGGCAAUUGUUUUAGCAUGGAAUCGUGCUCAAGUCCCAGGUCAUUACUGCUGCUGUUUAAUUAACUUAAAUCGUGUCACCGCUGCCGUGCCCCGUCCCAGGGCCGUGAGACCCCAACCCUCGGCCCGUCCCCUCCUCCAGCUGCCGGAAAAGAACAAUAAAUCGGGAUUUAUGUGGA